AUGGCCUCGGGCUCGCCGUCUCAGACACCUGCAGUGGACAGCCUCAUCCGGCGCCACCCUCUCCAAAAGCUCCAGUCGCCCUCGCGGGGGGCCUCGGCGUUGCUUCACUCGAUCGGCCUGGCCAGUUUCGCCUACAGCUUCAACUGGCUGAGCACGCACCCCAACCACAUCAACAGCGCGUACGGCUGGCACUUUCAAUACCUCACCAUCAUCGGCCUGACGCUCGCCACGGGGACGUUCAUUCUGGGCCUGCUGGCGGACCUGACCCUGUCCCCGAAAUUGUUCGCCGCGAAGAACGUCUUGAGUAUGUGUUCGGCCCCGAUGGAGGUCCUGGUCAGCACCCUGUACUGGGGGUUGAGGGCGAUUGACCCGACGCUGGUGGUGCCCAAGGAGCUGGAGCUGCCGCUCGCCCCGGACGUCGGCUUCCACCUCACGCCGUCGGCGCUGCUGCUCGUCGACCUCCUGCUCUUCAGCCCGCCCUGGACCAUCACCGCCCUGCCCGCCAUCCUCCUCAGCACCGUCAUCGCCUUUCUGUACUGGUUUUGGAUCGAGCUGUGCUACUCCUACAACGGCUUCUACCCUUACCCGCUCUUCGCCCUUUUGGACCAGACCCAACGCGUCGGCCUCUUUGGCAUGAGUGCCGUCGUCAUGGCCGGCAACACGGUCGUCCUGAAGCGCGUUUAUGGCUUUCUCAACGGGUCUCAGAAGGCGGGCGGCGAGAUACCCGGCAGGGUGAAGAUAUAG